CUGGCCCGGCAGCAAGACGCACCCACCCAGACACACACACCUGGCCAGACUCGCCAGUCAACUGCACGUUUCAGCCUCCACGACGCAACCGCGACAACGCGACAACCAACCAACCAGCCACGGCUCAGCUCCAGCCAGGCUCGCAACUCCAACUCUCCCACCCACCCCGCACACCCAAAACAAUACGCCUCGUGCAUUCACGUCUCACCUCAACCUCAGACCUUCUACUUUUUUCCAACACAAACGCUCGGCAACUCGUGCACAACGCACCAUGCCAGCCCUCUCCGCGCCACAGCAGCGGCGCCGCCCAGCCAGCCCGCCCGGUGCGGCCUCGCUCUCGGGCACGUCGACCCCAACAGACUCCAAGCCCAAGGGCCACGCCAACGGCAAGUCGAGCAGCGGUAACGCCCGCGAGGAGGCCGACGCCGACGCCCGUCUCCGGCACAAGGAGGACGGCCCCGUCGGUGCCGCGAGCGCGACAGCGUUCGGCGGACCGCGCCACCGCGGAGCGGGGCGCGCCGGCGCCAUCGGUGGCCUCAGAAGGCGCGAGUGGAUCCUCGUCGGCGGUAUCUGUAUCAUCGCGUCGUUUGUCCGCCUGUGGAACCUCGCGCACCCCACCUCGGUCGUCUUCGACGAGGUCCACUUUGGUGGCUUUGCGGCAAAGUACAUCAAGCGCAAGUACUUUAUGGAUGUGCACCCUCCUCUGGCAAAACUCCUGGUCACGCUCAGCGCCUUCGUGGGCGGCUUUGACGGCAACUUUGACUUCAAGGACAUUGGCAAGGACUACCUCGAGCCCAAGGUCCCGUACAUUGUCAUGCGCGCCUUCCCGGCGAUCCUCGGUCUCGCCCUCGUGCCCAUCACGUUCCUCACGCUCAUCGCGCUUCGCCUGUCGCUCGCGUCGGCCAUCCUCGGCGCCUUGCUCGUGACGUUUGACAAUGCCCUCGUGACGCAGUCGCGUCUGAUCCUGCUCGACUCGUACCUCGUCUUCUUCACCGCCCUCACUAUCCACUUCUGGGUUCGCUUCUCCAACGACGACUCGGAGGGCCGCGCCUUUACCCCGUCGUGGUGGCGCAACCUCGCGCUCACUGGCGCCUCGCUCGGUGCCGUCGCGAGCUGCAAGUGGGUGGGCCUGUUCACCAUUGCGACCAUUGGCCUCGGAACCAUCAGGCAGCUGUGGCUUCUCCUCGGCAACCUGCGCGUCACCCCCCAGCAGUGGGCCCGUCACUUUGCUGCCCGAACACUCUGCCUCAUUGUCAUUCCCGUCUUCAUCUACAUGUGGUGCUUCCAGAUUCACUUCUGGAUCCUCAACAUGUCGGGUGACGGCGACGGAUUCAUGAGCUCGGAGAUGCAGCACACGCUCGAGGGGCACGGCAUGGACGACACGUUCGCCGACGUCGGUCUCGGCUCGCGCAUCACUAUUCGUCACGUCCACACCCAGGGCGGCUACCUCCACUCGCACGCGCACGCGUACCCCUCCGGCUCGAAGCAGCAGCAGAUCACCCUCUACCCCCACCGCGACGACAACAACAUCUUCCGCAUUGUCAACGCUUCGGUCCCCGAGGGCGGCGGUGCCUUCGACUGGGACAACCUUCCCUUCCAGUAUGUCACCUCGGGCCUCAAGGUCCGCUUCGAGCACGUCCAGACCAACAAGCGUCUCCACUCGCACGACGUCCGCCCGCCCGUGUCCGAGGUCGACUUCCAGAACGAGGUGUCGGGCUACGGCUUUGACAACUUUGAGGGUGACGCCAACGACGACUUCAUCGUCGAGAUUGCCCCCGAGACGCGUGGCCGCAAGGACAAGGCUGCCAAGCACCGCCUCCGUACCCUCCGCAGCCAGUUCCGUCUCCGCCACGCCAUGACCGGCUGCUACCUCUUCUCGCACAAGGUCAAGCUCCCCGACUGGGGCUUUGAGCAGCAGGAGGUGACUUGCAACAAGAACCCUACGUGGGAGAACUCGCUCUGGUACAUUGAGACCAACAACCACCCACAGCUUGCCCCCGAUGCCGAGAAGGUCAACUACGAGGUUCCUAGCUUCUUCUCCAAGUUCUGGGAGCUCCAGGGUGUCAUGUGGCGCACCAACGCCGGCCUCACCGACCGCCACGCCUACGACUCUCGCCCUCAGAGCUGGCCUUGGCUCCGCCGUGGUAUCAACUUCUGGGUCAAGGACCACACCCAGGUCUACCUGAUCGGCAACCCCAUCAUCUGGUGGAGCUCGUCGCUUGCGAUUCUGGCCUAUGUUGCUGUUCGCGGCUUCCUCAUCCUCCGUGCCAAGCGUGGCUACCGCGACCUGCAGCAGCCCAAGAUUGCCUUCUACGACGAGGUUAUUUCUUUCCUGCUUAUGGGCUGGGCACUUCACUACUUCCCCUUCUUCCUCAUGCAGCGUCAGCUCUUCCUCCACCACUACCUCCCGGCUCUGUGGUUCGCCAUUCUCAUCUUCGCGACUGUCUUCGACUACGCCACUUCGUUCAUCCGCCCGCGUAUGAGAUUCCAGAUUGCCGUCGCGAUCGUUAUCAUUGCCAUCUGGUCGUACAACUACUUCAGCCCGCUCACGUACGCCUCGCCCUGGACCAAGGCCAAGUGUGAGAAGGCCAAGUGGCUGCAGAGCUGGGACUUCUCUUGCGCCGACUUUUAUGAGGACAUCAAAAUGUACCACCCCGAGAGCAGCGCGAUCAAGCAGGCCGAGCACCAGAUCUACGUUGAUGAGGGUGCGCACACGACGAUUGUCGACGAGGCCCCCGAGCCCAUCAAGAACGCGUUUGAUGGCGGCGACGAUGCCGCGCGCGAGGAGAAGACGACUGGCGUUGCUGGCCCCAACAACGACGUCAAGAUGCAGGAGUCGACGGCAGUGCCCGGCCCGGCGCAUGACGCCGACGCACCCAUCCCCCAGGAUGACCGGGCGCCUGUCGGCCUGGACGCUGGUGCUAUCGAGGUCACUGGCGCUGUCCACGACGAGGGUGGCUGGCACGGCGGCGCCAACGACGACGCACCAAAGGAGGAGGCGCAGCCUGAAGUGGCGCCCGUCGGAGCCAAGAAGGUCGAAAUUGAGAAGAUGGACCUUGACGACGAGGCCAAGAAGCUGGCCGACGAGGCACUGCGUGCCGCUGACGAGCAGUAGGCGCUUUAGGCGCGGCGGUGAUAACCGAAAACACACAUCUAGACAGACGGGUGAUGUAUUGCAUCGCGACGUGGAUUGAGUGCCGCGAGCGGAGCGAGCGCCGCGAGGGUGUGCACGAGAGUGGCAUGCGAGGAGCGUAAGAAUGCCA